CGUUUAAGAUUAUGCGGGGUCAAAUUAAAAUAAACCGAUCGUCGUCAUUAGUCAACGUCACUCACUCACUCCACACUCAAAUUUUGAAAUCAAACACGGAAAAAGCGAUUCUCUUCUCCGAGGAAGAAGAAGAAGAAGAAAUGGCGGAGAAGCAGAGAUGGAUUGCGAUGUAUACGAAGCACCUCAAGCAGAAGCGAAAGGUCUAUCACGAUGGCUUCCUUGAUUUGCAUAUCGCCAGAAAAAAGGUGAUGCUUUAUGAUAAGGCCAAUAAUCUACUCGAGAGCAGAAUACUAAAGGCAGAUGAAGUUGUGGACACAGGUGAAACACUCACAUUUCAAGCAUAUCUUGUGGAUAUAUGUGAUCCUAAGGACGGAAGUAAAGCUUCAUCUGAUCCAAAGGUCCAACCGAGUGAUCAAGGGUGUGCGCGCAAACCAUUUGCAGUUCUCAGGCCAAAUUUCAAGAAAAGUUCUCUUCAGUGUGAUGAGAAAAAACCUAACCUUGUGAAUACAUUUUCUUCAAAAAGUCUCAGCCCAUCUCACAAUAUGAUUAGAGUAUUCAAAAAGAGAGAAUUGCACAAGUAUGGGGCACUGACUCCAGACACUAUGAAGUCAACAACAAAAGGUACUGUGCCUCUUGGCUCAGUUGAUAAAGAAAGCAAUAACCACCCCUUGAUCCACUCUCCGUGCACUGGAACGUCCAGUGCAGAUUCAAGGUUAGAGAAUGAUAAGUUAAGGAAGGACAUUCCUCCACACAAGCCUUUACGUGAUGUAAAUCAGAUACUCUCCAUUCUUCAGAGACGGAAUGUUACAGAGACAUGUUCUGAUAAUAACCCGCAAACAUCAGUGUCUUUAACAAAAGUACCUCCAGAAUCUGAAACCAGCAAAAGACACAAAAUGGAGUCUGUUUCAACGAAAGAAGCAUCUACGGAACAAGUAAUGAUGAAAGAAGCCUCAUCGGCCAGCACAAGAGGUUGCUUAAUGAGUGAUCCUCCGAGUUUUGACCUCGGAAUCUAAACCGCCCCCUGACUAUAUCAUUUACAUAAUUAGGUAAAUCGUUUUUUAUCAUUUUACCUCAAGUCGCUUCAUGAACUCCAGAUUUUUUCGAAAAUAGAGUUUUUCACUCUAAGCUGUGUUAAAAUCAAAACUAGUAAGUAUGUACCGUGGAAUAUGUAUGUAGUUUUAAUGCAUAAGCAGAAAUUAGUAAGGAAAUUGAUUGGUUUAUGUUGCAACUUGCGUCCAAGUUAACUACUAAAUAAUAAAGUAGUAAUUCAUAACACAAAUAAUUAGUUUCCACGAAAUUCUCUUAAUGUACGAUGCUAAAUUUCUAAGACAUUUACAUAUUUUAUUAUGAAGCUAAAUAUAGAUAAAGCUAGAAUAAAGAUGUAGCGAAGGAGCUAGUCUUUAGCAUGUCCUACGAGUGCGGGUUAACCAUAAUAACCACAAAUCUCUUCUACAAAUAUUCCAAAAUUUCAACAACACAAAAGUAGUUGAAGAAGUUAGCUUGAGAGAGAGAGAUAAAUUUACUUUAAUAGAAAGACACACAAAGUAUACAUAGAAAAGGAAGGUAAAUGGCUGGACCGGGACAAGCGGCGAAGCAGUCAAGUGAAGUGCUAGGCCAGCGGAAGUCGUUAGGGAUAUGUCCGUUGAGAGCAGCAGCGGUUGGAGCGGUGAUAAUCGGUGGACUUGGCUACAUGGUUUUGUACAGCAAGAAGAAGCCUGAAGCUUCAGCAGGUGAUGUCGCUAAAGUUAUGUCAGGCGUUGGUGGGACUCCAGAGAACACUCGUCCUCGUAACUGAGCUUCUUCUAUAUAAUUUUUUUUUUUUACUUUCAAAUCAAGGGAUCGUUAUCUUUGUGAUUGAUAUAUAUAGACUAUAUAGUUGAAUUCUCUAAACAUUUGUUAUAUUUGAAUCUUUAGGUGACUUAAUCUUACUCUAAAUUUUAAUGUACAACCUUUAAAUUCAGUGAUUUGAAUUACAAAAUCUUCAAAUA